AUGAAUUCACCGCCUCUUAAACAGAAAACCUUGCACGAGACCGUUUCCAGAAGAUUCAACCGAACCCGAAACGGCUCAAUAUUCUCCAAGGAUAUCAAGGACGUGUUUGCCACCUUAUUGCUAUGCCUAGACCUUAAAGAAGAUGCCAAGCUAAAGACCACCCUCCUGGGUUUUCAGGUGCAGAAGAGUUACCCAUAUUCAUUCACCAUGGAAAGAGCAGUUUCCCAGAUGGAAGACCUCAGUGUCGGCUCCCAGCUACACGAUACAAAUACAACUAUAUCUUACAAGAUUAAGGCUGGGCUGGCAAAGUCGCUUCUGGAAUUGUUUAUGGAUGCAAAGCUGUUGCAUUGUCCUACAGACAGGACGAGACAUAAACCAAAGGCAGGGUGUUUGCUUCAACCCACGCCAAAAGGCGUUUAUAUACUUCACAGCUUUUGCAAGAUUAUUGGAAUAAAGGGAAAUCGAAUGCCUAGUAUCUUGAAGAGCAAUUUUAACUCUAUGAUUCUGAUCAAUUUUGACAGAGAUCCGCGGACAGAUACUAUCAUCUAUUCCAACUACCUGCUGAGGUUGAUAUUUCUUAAGAUCACGGAAGCUGAGCCAAACGUCUGGAAACCCACAAACUGGCCAGACCCGAUUCCACCCAUUUCAGAUCUCAAUGAUGAAGACUGUUUUGAAUUCUCAUCUUUCUCGAGUCACUUUGAUUUUAGUUCGGGCAUUUCGGCGAGUCCUUUGAAAGAAUCAACUACUUUUCCAAGCCCUGAACAGGUCAAAUCAGUCACUCCCAUGGUCUCUCCUUUUGCUCACAAAUUUUUCACUAACCCGGGCUCUUCAGCCCAGAUUCAGUAUUACGUUUCUAAUAAGGGCGUGAGAGUGUUCAAGGAUAAGAGCUUUGACUGUGGUGAGGUCGACUACUGCUUCACGGGGAAAGCACUGAUCCAGUGGUUUAUGGACUGUACCGACACAAUGUACCCACGAGAAGCUGUAGGGUUAGCAGAAUUGCUCCAAAAAGACCAACUUAUUGAGCCGAUUGUUUCUCCUCCUUCCGUUAACAAGAAAGACCAUUUUCUUGCAACUGCCGAUGCAUACUACACCAUUGGGCCAAUGGGUAGGGAGAUAACCUACUGGCCUAUAAAAAGGUUCGAGAGAUUUUCCUCUCCCAGCAGAACAGGUAACGGGCCCUCUAAGCCUGAGCCGCCUUCCUUGGAAGCAUCAGAGGGAAGUUCCAGUGAUAGUCGAUCAAUACCUAACAUCAGUCUACUCCGCGUGCUAAGAGAUCCUGGUCUGAGAUAUUUAUUCGAAGCACAUCUUAAAGAAGAUUUUUGUUCAGAAAAUCUCAAAGUAUAUACUGAGAUCAAAAAUUUGGAAAGGAAGAUGAACGCUCUGCGAAAAUUGCUAAUGAUCAAACAGCAGGAGAAGACAGUACCUCACCGAGGUGAGAGGACUCCUCCAGCAGCUGCUACCGAUAUGCAAAAUCGGACAAUAAACGCAGCUAUUUCCAAACUUACAAGUGAGUGUUUAUCCAAAGCCUAUAAUAUUUACAGUUCUUAUUUGACUGUGGGAGCUCCAUACGAGGUGAACAUUGAUCAUGAUCUGAGGUUCAAAAUCACCAAUACGCUUAUGCAUCCACAAUCCCCAUUGGCUGAAUCUUUUUUUCCAGUCAAUGACGAGGAAUUGUCUCCAAAUUCCACAUCUGCAGACGAGUCGCUAUGCGAAAACCAGAAAGGCUGGGAUAAAUUUGAGUCACCAAAUUCACCUUUGGAUGGAGCCACAUCCAGCUCUCUUUACAUCUUGAGGAAGGUUGAGUUAAUAUUCUCCGAGAUUAAAAGAGAAAUGUACUUUCUGCUAGAGAAUGACUCGCUUCCCAAGUUCUUUUCUUCGGAGGUUUACAAGGAUGCUUCAGCUACGGUUGUGCCUCAUGUCUGA